AUGGCCAUGGCUCUUGUGGCUCUUGCGGCCUUGCUGCCGUGGCCUGGCCUUGCGGCUCAACCCGUGGAGCAGAUGGUGAGCCGCUGGAGGAAAGCACCGCAACAUGUGCCCAGCACACAUGUGCCAGAUGGCCCACUCCUAGGCAAUGGCCAGAUGGGCAUCACCGUCGGGUUCUCCGAGUGGGAUGUGCUCGAUGCGAAGGUGGCCUUCCACGUGGGGCACAAUGCGUUCUUUGCAGCGCCCACGGGGAAUUGGAAGAUCUCCUCCUGUGGCUACACCGAUUUGACUCGAGCUGGGCGGAAGGCCUUGGGAGGCCUCAGUGUGAGCUUUCCAGCUUCAGCUUCGACCAAGCCCGCGGGGAGCGCGGAGCUCUUUCCGGCCAAUGGCAGCUUCGUGUGGUCGAAGGGCGGGGCCGGUAUCCAUGCGUGGGUGCAUGCUGCAGAGGACGUUCUGAUCUUGAACUUGACCAGCUCAGUCCCUGGCCGAGCGAAGCUGGUCCUAUGGACCUACAAUGGUUGCAGUGGUCCGCCCAACCCCACCGCAGCCAGGAACACCACCGAUGCCUUGCCCACCCAAGCACAACAGAUUGGUUCGACUUUACACGUGGCAAGAGCCAAUGGGUGGGAGUACCAACUGCAAGCCUAUGAGGUCCAGUGGUUCCACCUGCUGACGGCCGGAGAAGCAGGUGCCCGGUUGGUGAAUUUCAGCUUCACCUCGCAGUGCGGAGCGGUGGAGGGGCCCUGCAUGACGGCCGAAGUGGAGGUUUCGCCCCAUGCGACGAUGCUGACCUUGGAGUUGCAGAAGAGUUCUUGGAAGAAGCCCAUGCCGGAGCCCAGGGCCCUAUCUGACCUCUCGGAGCUCGAGCGGUCCCAUGUGCAGAUCUGGCGCCACUUCUGGGCGAAGUCCUUCAUCAACCUACCGGACUCCCAGAUCACCACAUUCUAUUGGCACAUGAGCCAAUAUCUUCUACGGAUCUCCUCAACUGGCUACGCGAGCCCUGGCCUUUUUGGGCCUUUUGUGAAUGACGACCAGGUGGGCUGGAUGGGAGAUCUCACCUUGAACUACAACGCGGAGGCCUCCUACUACGGCGCUGCAUCUUCCAAUCACCUGGAGCUCUUCGAGCCUUACCUCCAAACGAUUCUGGACUACCUGCCUUCGGCCCGCCUCAUGGCAGACAGCCAGUAUCCCGGUUCUGCUUGCGCUGGCGCCCUGUACUUUGCCGGGCACAUUCUGCCCUUUGGGGUGACUAGCUCUAGCAAUGGGGACAUGGGUCAGAAGCAGAUGGGCCUCUUUGCCAGCGUGCCCUUCAUCCUCUAUUGGCGCUACACCCGAGACCCCAACUUUGUGCAGAGGGCCUUUCCAUUCUUCGAGGGCUUGGCCCGUUUCUGGGAGUGUGUCCUCGUGGAGGAGCAGGAUGGGCUACUGCAUGAUGCCCAGGAUUGUGCAGAGGAACUCUGUAGCCCAGAUGGAGUGAACCAAAAGGAUCCCACCGUGGUACUCUCGAUGCUGCCCGCCUUCUUCCGCACGGCAGGCGAGUUGGCUGCCCUCUUGGGUCAUCCGGAGAGCCAACGGCGUUGGGCGGCCCAUGCGAGGCGGAUUGCGGCCUACCCCACGGCGCGGUGGCGCGGAAAGGACGUGCUUCGGAACUCCGCGGGCCAAGGUGAAGAGUCGGGACCGACAGGUGGGCAGUUCGCAUCCUUCCCCUUGGGCACUUUGAGCCUCUCCAGCAGUGCUACCAGCCUGGAGGUCGUGCGGCAGUCGCUGGAGCAUUUCUUUGACAUUUGGCCUGGAGGUAAGCAAGGAAACAGCUUUUGCUCGAUCUUUGCAGCUGCGAACCGUGUGGCAUGGCGCCCUGCCCAUCUUUUUCAGCUUUGGGAGUCGUACUUGAAGAACCAAUCAGAUCCGGACUGCAUCAUGUACCCCAAUGGCAUGGUCCUGGGCUGUGGCGGCACCGGGUUGGAGAACGUGGGCGCCACGGCCUAUGUCAACGAGCUCCUUUUGCAGUCGCAUGAGGGAUUUCUGCGCAUCUUCCCUGGAUGGAAUAGCACAGGGUCCUUUCAUUUGAGAGCUGAGGGUGGCUUUGAGGUGAUGGCGGAGAGAGAUGCCGCCGAAGUUACAUCUUUGAGCAUCCACACUUUGCAGCGUUGCAGUUCCAGCUGCCGCCUACGAAGCCCCUGGAAGGUGUCCCAUGUGCGGGUGAACGGGCACAUGUGGCCGGUGACCGAUGGUGAGCUGGAGUUUCCGGUGGCACCGCGCACCAGCUACGAGCUCCAGCCGGAUCGAAGGUUCUGGGUCUAG